GCAAAAUCAGCGACUCCAAUCAAAACCUGCUCCACUCAGACCACUCUCCUAUAUCCUCAAUCCAUGAACUGUACAAAAUUUCUUGACUAAGAUCACCAGUCAUGGCGGUCCGCGCUGUUAAUAGCUGUUCAAUAUUUCGUUCCGCCGCAGUACUUCCUCCCCCUGCGUUCCGCUGCCGGUUUUCUCGUUUCAGUACUUUGUCGUCUCCCCGGAAUUCCAGGUUAGGGUUCCGGUUCCUGAUAUUUCGGUGCGAAAAUCAGUUUCUCAGCCGUGGCUGCAGGCGCUCGUAUGCAGUUUACAGCCUUUUCGACAGCGUCUCUGAGGAGUUGGCAGCAUUGCGCAGCCGGAGAGUUCGCGCCAACGUCAAGGUCGGGUUAACAAGUACUGGUGAGCUCCUUGAAGAUAAGCUUGUGAACAAAGAAUUGGAAAAAGGAUUGCUGUUGGAGUUCAAGAAGGAUUCUGAUAGAGUCUUGCUGGCAGUGGCCCAGAGACGUGACGGGAAAAAGAAUUGGAUAGUGUUUGAUCAGAAUGGUGUAACGUCAUCCAUUAAACCACAGCAAAUUACUUAUGUUGUUCCAGGUGUUGAAAAUUUUGAUCACACAGAGAUCUCUAGUUUUCUCCGGAAAGCUCAUGAUAAUUUGGACCCAGCAUUGCUUGAGUUUGCUUGGGUGGAGCUUCUUGAAAAGAAUCAGUCAGUCACAGCAGAAGAAUUAGCAGAGAUGAUUUUUGGCAGUGUGGACUCUCUUGAGAGUUAUUGUGCUCAUCUUUUGCUGUCAAAAGAUGAGUUAUACUUUGCAGUGCAGGAGACUAAAGGUUCCCGUGUUAUAUACAGGCCUAGGCCAACAGGGCAGGUGGAAGAACUUCUACGUAAGAAGCUUGCCAAGGAGGCAGCUGAGAAAGAACUUCAGGACUUUGUACAGGUACUACUGUCUGCAAGAGCAAACCCUGCAAAUGCUAAGCCUCCCAAAUCCUCAUGGAUGGUUGAUGAGAAAAUCCAACACAGAAUUCAGUCUCUUGAAGCAUAUGCUAUUGAUAUGUGCAAGAGUAAUGAGCAAAAGAAAACUGCAGAAAUGAUUCUUAAGGCAAUGGGAUUUGCAAAAACAGCAACCUCGGCAGUAAACCUUCUCAUAGACAUUGGCUAUUUUCCUGUGCAUGUUAAUCUGGAUCUAUUAAAGUCAAAUAUCCGUACAAACCAUUCUGAUUUCAUUGUAGCAGCUGCAGAAAGUCUAAUGUCAGAAUCGUCUGACGUGGAUGAGGUGAACAGAAAAAAUCUUACUCAUUUGAAGGUUUAUGCUAUUGAUGUUGAUGAGGCUGAUGAGCUUGAUGAUGCCUUGAGUGCAACAAGGUUGCAAGAUGGCAGGAUAAAAGUAUGGAUACAUGUUGCAGAUCCAACUAGAUACAUCCAACCCGGAAGUCUAGUAGACAGGGAAGCAAUGAGAAGGGGAACCUCUGUUUUCUUGCCCACGGCCACUUAUGCUAUGUUUCCUGAGAAACUUGCCAUGGAAGGAAUGAGUUUGAAGCAAGGAGAAAUUUGCAAUGCCGUAACUGUAUCUGUUGUUCUACAUUCUGAUGGCAGCAUUGCAGAAUAUUCAGUUUUUAACUCAUUCAUUAAACCAACCUAUAUGCUGACAUAUGAGAGUGCAAUGGAGCUGCUUUAUUUGAACCUGGAAGAGGAGGUUGAGUUGAAGAUUCUCUCUGAGGCAGCAGCUCUCAGGUUACAAUGGCGUCGCAAACAGGGUGCGGUAGAUACAGCUACUUUAGAACCCCGCAUUAAGGUAGUCAAUCCAGAGGAUCCAGAGCCAUCAAUUAAUCUUUAUGUUGAAAACCAGGCAGAUCCUGCAAUGCGACUUGUUUCUGAGAUGAUGGUACUCUGUGGAGAAGUUAUUGCCACCUAUGGCUCUUCCAAUAACAUUCCUUUGCCGUAUAGAGGACAGCCCCAGUCAAACAUUGAUGUAUCUGCAUUCUUGCAUCUUCCAGAAGGACCAGUUAGGAGCUCUGCCAUUGUUAGAAUAAUGCGUGCUGCUGAAAUUGAUUUCAGGAAUCCCAUACGUCAUGGGGUCCUGGGAAUUCCUGGUUAUGUGCAGUUUACAUCGCCCAUUCGGAGAUAUAUGGAUCUUCUUGCUCAUUAUCAGGUAAAAGCAUUCCUUCGAGGUGAAUCUCCUCCAUUCUCAGCUGGUCAGCUAGAAGGAGUGGCAUCAAUAGUAAAUAUGCAAAUUAGAGUUGUAAGGAAGCUUUGUGCGAGCAGUCUUCGAUAUUGGAUAAUUGAAUUCCUGAGAAGGCAACCAAAGGAGAAAAAAUACCGUGGCUUGGUCCUUAGAUUCAUCAAGGACCAAAUUGCUGCCUUAUUAUUAGUUGAGGUUGGACUUCAAACAUCUGCAUCAGUAUCUGUAGGAACACGAGUAGGAGAUGAGUUAGAAGUUAAAGUAGAAGAAGCUAAUCCACGUGAUGAUUUCCUUUCUCUUGAGGAGGUUGUUACUUAGGUCACUGAAGUGAUUCUUCUGAAGGAACUUGACACAAAAGGGACAUUUUCUUCUUGAUGUAGGUGCCGUUUGUAAAGUGUUUGUCUCAGUAAAAGGAGGGUAUCAAAGCUUAUGCAACUUCUGGAAUCUAUUCAGCAACAGAUCAUGGUGGAUCAUUUCAAAAUUUUUUCUUUACUAACAGCAACAUGUGCAGAAGUAACUGUGCCAAGCUGCAGUCUCCCAGGAACACUUUUUAAAUCUCUGGUGAACAGCCGAAAAGAAUUGAUGAUUGAAAAUUGCAAACAAGGGAUUUUGCUUCCCUUUUGUUCUAUGGCCAAAGGUAUCCAAAACUGGAAAUGAUGAUCAAUGUGUUGUCAACGAGGGUAGUUUGUGCAUAAUAUGGGUCAAUCUUGUAUCUUGAUUUCUUGCUGAUUUGUGUGUUCUGAUGUGAACUAUAAUUCAUUGCUGGUUGGUAUGCAAUAGAAAAAAGUCUUUUAU